CCACACUGAACAAAAAAGAGAGAAGAAAUGGCCUAUUCUUUCUGCUAUGCAGCCUAUGCUGACCUCUGGUUUGCUUUCUUCUUCAUCAUCUUAUUACAGGCGCAUUCGACCCCGCCGGGGGAUCCCAUUAAGUGCACCGAUAACAAUGCCGCCCAAAACUGCACCGUUACCAACUCCUACGGCGCCUUCCCGGACCGCACCAUCUGCCGCGCCGCCGCGGUGGCGUACCCGAGAACGGAGGAGGAGCUCCUCGCCGUCGUCUCGAACGCCACCAAACAGAACCGGAAAAUGAAAGUCACGACCCGGUUCUCCCACAGCAUUCCCAAGCUGGUCUGCCCGGACGGCGACGACGGUCUACUCAUCAGCACCAAACUCCUUAACCGGACGUUGAAAGUUGACAACCGGAGCAUGACGGUGACGGUGGAGAGCGGGGUGAGUCUCCGGGAACUGAUCAGUGUGGCGGCGGAGGCGGGGUUGGCUUUGCCGCACGCGCCGUACUGGUGGGGGGUGACGGUGGGAGGGAUGAUGGGGACCGGAGCUCAUGGGAGUUCGCUAUGGGGCCGGGGGAGCUCCGUUCAUGAUUAUGUUGUCGGGGUUCGGAUUGUCACUCCGGCGUCGCCGGAGAAAGGGUAUGCCGCCGUCCGGCAGCUUGGUGAAGGUGAUCCGGAGAUAAAUGCAGCAAGGGUUUCUUUAGGAGUUCUUGGAGUGAUCUCACAGGUACGUAGUAUGUGAUUUUAUACGGAGUAACCAAUAAGUUUGUCAAUUUUAAGGAGUUUUCGAUUAUUGAGCAUACAUUUUUUUUGCAGAAGAAACGUAUUACUACCUCCAUCCAGAUGUAAGGUUCGAGGGUAAAUGACACAAUUUUUUUAGGUAAAUGAUUAAAUAAAGCAAGUUGAGUAAAAAGGGAGAAAAGAGAAAAUUUGGGAAAAGUAAACAUAUAAAGUAAAAGUAAUUAAAUGAAGAUAAGUUGCAGGGAAUUGCGAAUUGUGAGUUCGUAACGAGUAGAAAAGAUAAAAUUGAUUAGGAGUGUAAUUUAAGAGAGUAACUAUUUCCUAGAAUGAAAUGAAAACCUUUAAAUAAAACACACAAAUAAAAAAAAGGUGCACCUUUCAGGAGGGAGGAGUAAUUUUAGGUCAUAUUGUUGAGAUGACAUAGUGUAAACUCUAGGAUCAUUAUGAGUCAUCCGCACGAGUAGCUUAGUUGGUUGAGUGGUGAGAAAUUUGAAACAAUGACUAAUGUUCGAAACCCGCAACGGCCGUGUUGAGGUUACAACUCCUGUGUGCUGUGCUGCACCUUUGGUGUGCACUGGUAUAAGGUCUACUUUAUUGGGCCGACUGAGUCACCGUGAUUUACCUCUCUAUCAUUCUGUCGGGUCGGGUGUGGGGGCUGUUGGGAUGGGAGAUUCCACCUUUUGGAACAAAGAAUCAUUCUGAGUCUACUAUUUUCUAGUUUUCACAUGUUAAAUGACAUUAGGGAGAAUUUGACUUUACACCUCACUUUUUGUGUGAUAUUAGCCUUUGCACCCCAUUUUAAAAAACAUUUGACUUUGCACCGUAUCAUUUUUGUGAAGGAAAAUUUCAAAAUGGGGUGCAAAGUCAAAGGAUUUUGAAGUAAAAUGAGGUACAAAAUCAAAGUUUUUUUAAAAUGGGGUGCAAAGUCCAAUUCCAUCCCAAGUGUGGAGUGAAAAGUCAAAUUCCCCACAAGAUUAUGUGUGUACUACGUAGGCCGUACCCUACAGGAUACUUCGCAAGUUCGCAUUACGAAAACGUGAUUUUCUAGUAAUUGGUCUUAAUUUAUUGUUUUCUUUCAUAAGUUAUGAAUAAUUUAUAAUUUGCCGAUAGAUCUUUACCAAUUUUUACAUUGUGAAUUUCAAUCACAAUUUCAACUACAUUAGAUAGAUUCAUUUGAUAGACUAAAUUUCGAAAUUACCAAACACAUUCUUAAAUCACAAUGAAAAAGUGUAAUUUCUUUCGGUAUAUAUCAUCAAAAUAAAACUCAUUUAAUUUCCUACAACUUUUCAUCAUCAUCAAUGGAUCAAUGGUGUUAGGUAUUGUCGUUAUGAACUUAUGGUAUCUUUACUUUUACUCCAUUCCUUUUCUGCGUGGGCAAAGUGACAAAGAAGCAGGUAUUUGUGGAAUUGUGGGAGACUUUUUAUCUUUUGUAAACUUACGGGCGGCACAUUUUCCUAAUUUUUUAUUCGCUGCAUUCAUUUUUGUUCCCAUUAAAUAUUUGAAUUAAGUUCUCGUGAUACAUCAAUAAUGUCAUCUUGAUGGUAAUUUCAAAGCAAAAUUUCAAAAUUUUAAACAAUAAUAAUGUCAUUUUCAUGAUAUUUAAAUGUACACUAUAGUCCUAUUUUGUACAUUUAUGAGUUAUUAUACUUCUUUUUAGUGCAUUUUCCUUUAUAAUACAGAGUAAUUCACAAGUAAACAUUGCAAAUAGUAACAUGAUUAUAUUAAUCGCAUCGUAGGAUUCAUAGCGGGUGAAAUAAACUUGAGUACCGCAAGCAUCGUCUCUACUCUGAUCUCCAUUGUGCUUCGGAAGCUCGACGAUACUUUUGGUGAUAAUUUGUGACAUCAUGCGCUAAAUACAAUUAUUUAAAGGGUUAAAUGGCCACAUAGCUUAAAUAAAUAUGAUAGAACAAAUUAAUAGCCUAUAUUAUGAUUUUUUAAGUGCAUAACACUUCUGUAGCUAAUGUGAGGUGACGUAAUUUUAGUUACUUAUGGAACCGUGUUUUUUUAUUCAUUUAAAUAGGUUCGUUAUGCUAUUUGUUUAAUUUAUACAAAUGCAUGACAUAAACUUAACUGCACAUAUUUAAAGUUGUAUAUAUGCCGAAACAUUCAAAUUAAUUAAAUUUAUUUAGUACUGAUUUUCUUCACUUAAUAGUAGUGUACGAACAACACUUUUUCGUCUGUCUUACACAACUUUGUCAAUUGUCUUUUUCCUUUACCCAAAAAAAAUUAUUACACUCUACUCCACGUAACUCAAUCAUACAUUAUUCAUUUUCAUCAAAAAAAAAAAAUCAUACAUUAUUCAUACUUUUUCUUCACAUUCAAUACAAAGCAUUUUGGACAUUGGUAAUACUCAGAUCAAUGAGCCAAAGGUGAUACUAUCCUCCCUUUUUGUAUUCCACGGGGUAAUAAUCUAUAGUAUGGACAUAUUUGUAAUUUUAAGAUUCCUGAUUAUUAUGAAUAUGUCCCAAACUAUAGAUUAUUAGGAGGUAACUUAUGUUUCACUAUCUAGCAAAGGAAAACUAUCAUUUAUACGUAGUAUAUUGUUGCAUGGUUGGUGCAUGAAAAGGUGACCCUUAAACUUGAACCGAUGUUUAAACGGUCAGUAACUUACGUGGAGGAAAAUGACACAAAAUUGGUGGAAGAAGCAGCCACGUUUGGAUCCCGUCACGAAUUUGGAGAUAUCACUUGGUUCCCAAGCCAGCGAAGAGUUGUGUAUCGCAUUGACGAUCGUGUCCAGACAAACACGUCCGGCGAUGGUCUUAAUGACUUCUUGGGAUUCCGAUCCAUGUCUUCGCUUUUGUUAAGCUUCGUGAGAAGUGCAGAGGAAAAUCAGGAAUUACUCAAUGAUGCGUAUGGAAAGUGCACAAACGCUGAUACAUCCAUGUUAUUCUUAAAAGGAGCUUCUUAUGGACUGACCAACAAUGGUGUUAUCUUUACGGGGUACCCUAUAAUUGGAUACCAAAAUCGGCUCCAAUCAUCUGGCACAUGCCUAGACAGCUUAAAUGAUGGAUUACUAACAGCUUGCCCAUGGGAUCCUAGAGUGAAGGGACUGUUUUUUCACCAAACAACAUUUAGCAUUAGCCUAUCAAAGGUGAAGGGUUUCAUACAAGAUGUGCAAAAGUUGGUGAGUUUGGACACAAAAUCUUUGUGCGUAGUGGGACUAUACAAUGGCAUUCUCAUGAGAUAUGUCACAGCUUCAAAAGCAUACUUAGGAAAACAAGACAAUGCCAUAGACUUUGACAUUACCUACUAUCGAAGCAAAGAUCCAACAGCCCCGAGGCUUUAUCAAGAUGUCUUAGAAGAAAUUGAGCAACUCGCAGUUUUUAAGUAUGGGGCCUUGCCACAUUGGGGGAAGAACCGAAAUGUUGCUUUUAUAGGGGCAAUCAACAAGCAUGCAAAGUUUGAUGAGUUCUUGAAAGUUAAGGAAAAGUAUGAUCCUUCAGGGUUGUUUUCGAGUGACUGGACUGAUCAGAUUUUGGGUCUCAAAGAAGGAUUGACCAUAAUAAAAGAUGGGUGCGCUUCCGAAGGGUUGUGUAUAUGUUCACAAGAUUCUCAUUGCGCUCCCAGUAAGGGGUAUUAUUGUCGAGCCGGAAAGGUGUACAAAGAUGCUAGAGUAUGUGUCAAGUUAAGCAACAGUUCAUCAGAAUUUGCGCUUAAAUCAAUGUAAUUACUCAUACAAAAAACUAUAAUGACAUACUUUUUUAUCCUUUCUUCAUCAAAUAUUCUUUGAGGCGAUUAUACCAC